GGCUUCCUCGUCCCGCCCUCACCGACACCUCGGGCCCACAUGGCAGCCACCCGCAAGUCCCGCUCCCCGUCGGCCGCCGCCACGGGCCUCGUCGACCACCACCGCUUCCUCCGCCCCGGCGCGCUCGCCCGCCUCCGCGACGCCAGGCUCCGGCGCCGGAUGCCCACCACCACCGCCUCCCGCCUCGCCCCACCCGCGUCGCCUUCGUCCCCGACGGCCCCGUCGUCUCCACCUCCUCCUCCAGUUGCGGCGGCCGGGGGCGGCGCGGUCGCGCCGUACUUCGUGCCCGUGUCGAGGCUCCUCGCGCCGCGGUGCCCCCAGCGGAAGAAGCUCGCGGCGGCGAAGGGGGUGAUGCUCUUCGCGCCACCGCCGCCGCCGAGCCCGAACCUGCCCGUCGAGGUGGCCAUGGAGUUCCUCAGCUCGCCGGACAUGGUGGUCGCCGCUCACUAGAAGGGCGCGUCGUGAUGUGUUUGUUGUGGUAGACCUGUAGAUUUGGGAUCUAGUUCGCACUUGAUUCGAUAGUUUUGUGGUUUACAGUCUUUUUCCUUGUUUGGUUGUAGGGAUCUCCAUGUGAAAACAAAGACAAAAAUAGAAUACUUCUGCUUUGAUUUGCUAGAAAAAUGCGAAAAGUGCAGAAAAGAGUUGUAAUAUGAUUGGGUGUUCUUACAUGAUUUGUUGGAUGCUCUGUGAAUUGAAAGUAAUCAAGGGGAGGUGGUACUGCAGAAAUUGAAAGUUAU